AUGGCUGUUGAAAUAAUCGAUCUAUCUACUGAGGUGGAACAAUUAGGGUUACAAGGCGAUACAGGGAAAGAAGUGUAUGAGACCAGUGAUGUUGAAGAAACACCAGACCAAGUAGUGAUUACCGAGGCAAAUGAAGAUAUAAUUGAGGAGGAAAUACCUAAGGUUCAAGAGAAUAACGAAAGGUUCGAGCAUUCUGUGCUAAGUUCGGAGGAUACCGAUUUUUCAGGAAAACUAUACGCACUGCCGACGUAUAAUAUCAGACAUAUAAAUGAAACAAGAAGGCAGAGGCUGGCAAGGAUACGGAGGGAGCUCCUUGAGAUAGAGCAGGAUUCCGAGGAGGAUGGUUCCUCAAACGAAUUACAGAACUUGAAGCAAUUGUAUGAAACGUUGGCUCAGUCUACGGAAAGUACAAUGGAAAACAUACAAAGCCAAUUGGUCAUAGCAUCAGACGAGGAUACAGAAAAUGAGGUUACACUUCCAAACAUCAGGAUAGAAAUCAACCAAUUGAAGCAGCUGGAGGAUAUUGAGCAUAAGAUUUCCAUAUUGGAGUCACAAAUCGGACCCUCGAAUACGAAUAAAUCGAUAACGUCAAUCAUCAAUGAACUUCACAGAGAGAUUAAUAUCCUCAAGUUGGAUGAACCGACGUUGACUGGAUUCCAAAAUAAAAUGAAAGAGAUAAGUGAUCAGUAUGACCAGUCGAUCAUCGGAAGGAGAGCUCAGAAAGACCCAAAUCUAUCUACUGAUAUCGAAAGGAAGUUAAAAUCUACAGAAUCUAAGGUCAAUGACAUUUACGAUAAGUAUAACAUCUUAAACAAGUACUCGGAAGUGAUUCCACAAAUCACAGAACGUGUACAGUCGCUAAACGUUCUACAUACCUCUGUGAAUGACAUGAACGAUACGGUAUCUGAGAUUAACGAUCAUAUGUCUUCAGUUCAUUCUCAGAUCGAAAAAUGGUCAUCGCUCUUAGAAUCCACGUCACGACAGCUUACCGACAGAGAACAAUCCUUCAAGCGGACUAGGCAUCAACUAGAGUUACAGCUCAACGAUCUAGAGGUGAGAAUAGGUAAAUUGAGUGGCCAAUAG